CUGGAAUUUAGAGGCGUGUACCCGUGGUGUCCCCACCAAUAGUGUGGCCGUGCUGAUAUAAAACCCUGCAGCAGUGUUUGCUUAUUCGCCUUUCUGUCAGUCCAGCACUCCUGCUUGUGGAGGGGUCGAAAAAACCAAGGGACCAAUACAAGUCCUAGCACCACACUUAAAACAAAGGUGCAACACAACGAAAAUCAAAAGAGCACGGCUAGACACGGCUAGUAGCAAGGAUGGAGAACGCGCACACGAAGUCGACGGCAGAAUGCCUGGCCUUCUUCGGGGUUAAGCUGGAAACCGGUCUCACCCCAGACCAAGUCAAGAGGAACCUGGCCAAGUAUGGCCCCAAUGGUGAGACCCACGGAGGGAUGGAGGGGUGCAUGAAGAAAGGGGAACAUAGAAAAGAAAUGGAAACUGACGGUAGAAUAGGCUAAGUACAGGAGGUGUGCCCUGUAGCAAAAGAGAAUAGAGACCACUGUGUUAGGCAUGUACAACUAGUAGAUGUGAUGUUUAAUAUGUGAAGGAAUGAUCAUAUCUCUUAAGGACAUCACAAGUUAUCCUGACUUUGAAGUUGUUAAGUUGUGAACAAGACAUACUUUUUCAUUAGGGACACUUGCAGCGGGCAGUGAGGCUCUGUGUUGGAUUCUUUUUUAGAAAAGGGUUAGGUUAGUUGCCACAGGUGGUAGACAUGGACAUGCAGAGACAGAGAAGCAGAGACUUUUGGGGUCUUUGAAGAGGAGUGGAGAGGGAGAGAGACGGGUGACGGCUCAAGAGUCUUCCUGGGUAAUAUACAGGGCGAGCAUAAUUUUUGUCCCAGUGCAGAGGGGGAGGUCCUUAGAUGGCUAACAGGGAUGAAUGAUCUGAAAUAUGAUCACUUAUUUGCUGAUCAUUGACCAAUUACAUGCAGCGUGAACUAGAUAGACCAAGCAAAGUUAGAUGGAAGUCUGCUUCAAUUGGCUCGCUGAAAUGCCCACACCAUUUUGUUUUAAUUUAACAUUGCAUAAGCUGGUCACAAUUGCAUUUCUGGCCACAGUUUGUUCAUGAUCAUGCUUUUGUAGCAAAAAAGUGCUUUGAUGAAUAAGCAAGUGUAUCAAUACACUCACAGUAAAGACUACAAUCAACAUGGUAAUUGCUGUUAUCAGAUAAUUGUCCACAAUUCCAUGGGCUACAUUUCGAUGCAUUUCUGGUUUAUGGCUAGUUUAUGGGCAAUCCAAAUUUUAUGUUGAAUUAGUGUGUUCUUCCAGAUUUUAAGGCUUGUUGAAACAAAGCAACAGUGAUGACACUGGUACAUUAUUUAUUGGAUCGGUUGUACACUAAGACACUUUAAAGCACAGUUUGGCUAGGUCAGAUUUUUGUUAUUGGUUCAUCCAAAAUGGUUGAAAGUAAGGAUAUAGAAAUUGACUAAAACAUGUUUUUGGUUUCCCAUUUAAUUAGUCAGUAGAUCAGAUUUUUGACACAGCUUUUCACUAUUAUUAGAACCACGAUUAGGGAGAAUAGAACAUCCUGUAGAUAAAUAGCCCUUUUAUAUAUAUAUCUGCCCAGUCCAAGUGGUGAUGAACUAAGCGAAGUUUGACAUAUCAUACAAUCAUGAUUAAUAAUCACUUUUCUAUUGUGUUAAUAUUUUUAUGGGGUUCUGCCCACCUUCCCUUCUCUGCAUCGUGAUUGGACAACCCCAGCACUGCCAGCUGAGGAGGGUAAGUGUUUUUUUCACAUCAACUGUCACUCAUCCGAAUUCACAAAUAAGAAGCACAUUGUGGAAAUGUACCAACGUUUAUCAAUAUUAUUGAUACUUUUUACACGUGAUUCACAUCAUUUAAAAAAUGACUACUGGCUUCAAUCCAAAGUAAAAUCAAUAUUUAUCAGGGGUUAAUUGUAACAUCCAAGCAACCAUUUGAGUGUGGAAUUUCUUGCACAUUAUUGCAUAAUCCUCCCACUCUUGUAUAAUCCUGUUAACAGAACAUCCACAUUUAUAGAAGUAUGACUCCAAAUCAAUCAUUACAUGGGUCAUUUCCCCUUUGUAUAUGAUAAUCACUUAUUUUGGGUUUGAAAUCAAGCAAAACAUCACAUAAAUUAUCUCUAUUACACAGCAUUCGGCAUAAUACUUAUCUUGCCUCCAAACACUUACACAAAAAUAACAAAUACACACAAAUUCUCAGAACAUUAUUUAUUCAUAUGUUUUUCUCUAUUUCUCUCAGGUAAGACCACCUGGGAGCUGAUUGUGGAGCAGUUUGAGGAUCUGUUGGUCAGAAUCCUGCUGCUGGCUGCCUGCAUCUCUUUUGUGAGUAAACAAAGACUAUGCUUGUAUUAUUUCAUCCUGGUUAUUUUGCUCAAGAUAAUAGUAAUAGUAGUCGUAGUAGUAGUAAUACGUCACUGGAAAAACACCAACUACACACUCUAAUAUUGUAAAUAUUUUUUUAUGUGCAGGUCUUAUUGGGUCAGAUAUUAUAUAAUUUAAUUGAUUGUCAAUUCAAUUGAUUAGUCAAUUGAAAUGUAAGAUAUUUGGCCUCUCCCAAUUAUUUAUCCCACCUGAAUAAGACUUUUGUAAUCUUUGUGAAAAUCACUCCCCAAGAACACCUGUGAAAUUAUUUCAAGAUUUUAAGAUGAUUUUUUUGAAUGUAGUUUUCAUGUUUAAUUCCCUUCCCACCCCAGAGUGAGAAAAAAAUAGUUAUUUCAUAUGUUUUUAGGGGGGGGGGGGGGACCACCCCCAUACCCACUCAUACCUUCUCUGCACAUUUUUUGUUAAGACCCUUAAUUGAUAUCAAACAGCUGUGACAGUGGCACUUAAAGUUGUAGGCCUACACCUGUAACCCAAGCCACUGGCCUGAAGGAUGAUCCUGCAUAUCACUGCUUUGGCAUUGCUGUCUUGUCACUUUAUCAAACAACUUGUACCUUCUCUUGGCUCUCCAAGUCCCCUUCCCUCUUACAGGAGAACUUGGGGUUGGGGUACAUUGAACAGGACAAAUAUAAGCACCCCAUAUUUGACCUUGAGAGGGGUGGUUGGAGGUGUAUUAAUUCUUACCACAAGCUUUCCACCCCUUUGGGCAGCUGUCAGGAUGGCCUUAGAAGGCGAAUAUUGAGGAGCGGGUGAGAGACAGGGGGUGCGGGGAGUAAGGGGGCGUCGAGGGGGUAAUGGUUUAUUUUAAGAAAGACUCAAGCCAGGGAAGAGAAACUGUAUCCUUCGGGAAAAGGUCAGGUCUGAAGGAAGGAACGAUGGGCUUCCACAGAAAGAGGUAGAGAAGGUUGAAGUGGAUACUGUAGGAGCAUGGAGUUAUGGGACAUGGAGAUCAAGUGUAUAGGGAUUGUGUCAUUAUUUUGAAAUACAGCUCUAAACUGCAUUCUGGAAACUGUAAACUGGAGCGGUUGCUUAACUUUAGACAACAGCUGAACAACAUCAACACAAUUUAAGAAAACAUUUUAACACAACCUGCUGAUUCGGUGUUUACCCAUUAAAUUGUUGAGAGCAUAUAUAGAGUGUGCAACUAUUUUCUUUAUUUUUACAUAAGUUUACUAUUCCAAAAUUGCAAAUGCACAAAUGCAAAAUUUAAAAUGCAUAAAACAUAGGAUUUACACAAUUCAAACAUUUUCGCACACUGCAUUUAUAAAUGAAUAAAAAAAUGCAUGUUAAGUAGGUCUAUUUCUAAACCUGUUACAGUUUUGCCUCCUGUUGUUGUGUCCAUGGACACUAGCAUUGAGUCUGUGUAAGAGUAUCAGACAGUAAACAGACUAAGAUCUAAAUAGAACAGUGAUGGAACAAACACAUGAAACCAUUUUCUAAAUGCCUGAUAGUGCCCUACAGUGCCCUCUGCACACUCUGCUUAUUCACAAUAAUCUCAAACAUCCUCACAGCUUCCCUAUGGCUUUUAAGCCAAGGGCUUCCCUCAGGAGAAUUGUCAUUUCCUAAAAUCCAUGACAUCAUUAUAAACAUGUGUAAACCAUAUAUAAAUCAACAAAAACCCUACGGACAACCACUGACUAUCAAAUAGCCCAUAGAAAUUCCUUGCUUUGCAGCAGAUUCAGAAUCAGACAACUUUAUUGCCAUGCCACAAAUGUUAGUAGGAAUUUAUUUUCAUGUUUUACACAAAACCACUGUAUCAGAUAAUAAUUGUAUUGAUUUAACUGUGAUUAAACACCGUUUUUCCUGCAGACAGUGUGACUGUAAGCUAUGAUGCAAAUGCUGACACCAAAUGCUAACCCUUUUCCGCUGUUGUCCUCCUGUUUGUGCUCAGGUGCUGGCUUGGUUUGAGGAAGGUGAGGAGACCGUCACUGCCUUUGUUGAGCCCUUCGUCAUCCUUCUCAUCCUUAUCGCUAAUGCUGUUGUUGGAGUGUGGCAGGUCAGUGGCGUUGACGUACAGACGUACACGUUGAGCAACAACACAUACCCGCAGCUUUGAUGACAUGACAUAGAGCACGUGGGUUAGGGUUACUGAGAAAGAGGAGUUUGCUCAAUUGAAACAUAAUUACUUUUGGACACCAGUGAGAAUGACAGCUGGGUCAGGCAUGUUUUGAGUAAAAACAAACAAGCAGAUAUAAAAAUAAAUAAUAAUAAUCUGAAAGCCACCUGUGGGUCUGUUAGUUGUGACUGUAACAUGGUCUAUUUCCUUAACAUUUCUAACAGUUGUAUUUUCUGUAGUUAUGUUAUGAGUUACAGCUAUAUGUUAUGACUAGGUGUUUGUAUUGUCUGUAGUCACGUUAGUGUUGACUGCAGUCCUGUGACUUGGUGUUUGUAUUGACUGUAGUUGUGUUAGAGUUGACAGUGGGUGUUUGUAUUGACUGUAGUUGCACGUGUGUCUGGUUGUCUGCCACAGGAGCGUAAUGCUGAGGACGCCAUCGAAGCUCUGAAGGAGUACGAGCCUGAGAUGGGCAAAGUCUUCCGUACUGACAGGAAGAGCGUGCAGAAGAUCAAGGCCAAUGGGAUGGUUCCUGGUGAUAUUGUGGAGGUGUCCGGUGAGAGACCCAUCUUUCUCUUAAUUACCUAUAUUUUUAUUCAGUAAUUUCUUGUACACCCUUUUAAAGACCUAAGGACUGGGGACUCUAGACUAGAGACUCAUGCUGGAAAUUAGCGCAAGCUAAAGCAUGAUGGGACAAUUCAUCUGACUGUUGAUGACUCAAUGUGUCAAUGUUUUAAUUGUAUGUGUCCCCCUAACAAAUACAUGUGUUUUAUUAUCUCUUACUCAAUCAUAUUUUUUCCCUCCUUUUUUAACACUGACAACACUUUAGGCGUAAAGUGGCUUUACUGUGUAAACUGUUGAGAAAGAAAGGUAGGGACCCACAUAGUGUAUUUUUGAGAGGAUUCUCAAGAACAGGACAUGUGAGUACAAGAUGGAGGGGAGAUGGGGAGGCCUCCUGCCCAUAUAAGGCAGCGAGAGGGAGGGAAGGAGGGAGGGGGUGAACGGCUGCGAAAACAUGCUGAGGGAAGGAAAACAAAAUCUUGGGUAUAAAUACCCCCCUACCACCUGCCCCACCUCUUCUCCCCUUCUUGCCCUCUCUCUCUCCCAGCUCUCCCAUAACCCACUGGUGUUCAUUUAUCAAAGGGCUGUUGCCCUUCAAGUCAGUCAUUUCCAUGGCAUUCCUAUGGCUUAUUCUGAUUGGUUGGUGUAUAAUGUGUCAGUUGAGGUUAAGCAUGCAUACUUAUCUCUCGCUCUCGCUCCCCCCGCCCCCAUUCCCCAGUCGGUGACAAAGUCCCCGCUGACAUCAGGAUUGUUGCCAUCCGUUCCACCACCCUCCGCAUUGACCAGUCCAUUCUUACUGGUGAGGAUCCUCACAUACUACAACUCCAUACUAUAUAAUACAUAACAUGUUGUUUUAACUAUGCAGAAAACAACAAUACACAGUUACACUAUUCAAAAUCAUUACGGAUAAAGAACACAAAGUCUAAAGACCUAUUUACAUUAUAGUCCUAUAAGAAAUGUGGUAAAGGGUGCUUUUUAGACCUGUAUGGCGUUGCGUUGCAUACUGUUUUCUUGUUAUGUGUCCUCUCAUUGACCAUUGUCUGUGUGUCCCCCUCAGGUGAGUCCGUCAGUGUGAUUAAGCAUACUGACCCUGUCCCCGACCCCAGAGCUGUCAACCAGGACAAGAAGAACAUGCUUUUCUCUGCAAGUAUCCCUCCAUCUCUCCUUCCCUCCAUACCUCUAUUUCUGUAUUCCAUUCUCCCCUCCAUCACUGUGUCAAUACAUCCUUCUUUUCUUUAUUCACCUGUCCCUCCCUGCCUCCAUCCUUUUUCUACACCUCCAUCCCUCGCUCUGUCCCUCAGUCCUUACCUCUCUUUCAUAACACACCCUCUAGCAUUCUCUAUUCAUGACUAGUCAACUUUUCUUAAUCCUCAUAGUUCCUACAAGAACAAAAGGCCUAAAACUCAAUUCUACGUUCUUGCUCGUCGUUUUUCUCACCGUCUAUCCUCCACCACCUCUACCAACCACAGGGCACCAACGUCGCUGCUGGCAGGGCCAUUGGCGUGGUUGUGGCUACCGGUGUCGGCACUGAGAUUGGCAAGAUCCGCGACCAGAUGGUCGCCACCGAGCAAGAGAAGACCCCCCUGCAGGCCAAGCUGGACGAGUUCGGCGAGCAGCUGUCCAAGGUCAUCUCCCUGAUCUGUGUUGCCGUGUGGGCGAUCAACAUCGGCCACUUCAACGACCCCGUCCAUGGAGGUUCCUGGAUCCGUGGUGCCGUCUACUACUUCAAGAUCGCCAUUGCCCUGGCUGUGGCCGCCAUACCUGAGGGUGAGGGAUGGCGGGAGGGAGGGAGGGAGGGAUGGAGGAUAGGGAAAAGAGAGGUGUUAUGGGGAGGGGAAGGGGGCAUGAAUGUGUGUGUUCGGAGGAGAGAUAGGUUGUGGGGUGUAUGUGCGUGUAUGUGUGUGCGUACUCGUGUGUGUGUGCGUGGUUGUUCAGGUAUGUGCAGUUAACACACUAUGCUUGUUGUUUGUGAUAUUCCAUUGUGACUAAAUGCACACUAUGUAAUUCUCACUAUAUCACUACUUUUUGAUUUACUCACGCUUUUGACUAUCAUCUCUCUACCAGGUCUGCCCGCUGUCAUCACUACCUGCCUGGCUCUCGGUACCCGCCGUAUGGCCAAGAAGAACGCCAUUGUCCGCUCUCUGCCCUCUGUGGAGACCCUGGGUUGCACCUCCGUCAUCUGCUCUGACAAGACCGGAACCCUGACCACCAACCAGAUGUGUGUGACUAAGGUGGGUGCUGCACAGAACACAGUACCCGUUAACGGGUCUGCAACUGGCAGCCCACGGGCCAAAUACGGCCUCCGAACCGAUUUAAUGUGGCUUGCCAAGAUUGUCUUAGUAGAAAAAUACAGACACAUUUGUACACAGACACACAUUUCACUGGGACAUAGGGUAGCAUAUUGUUCACCAUGUGACUGAUUUGGGCAUAUUCAGACACUUGACAGACUCACGCACAUACACAAACUGAACAGUAAUUUCACAACUUCCCUUUGUUUCUUCCUCUCUAGAUGUUCAUCAUCAAGAAUGUUGAUGGCGACCAUGUCGACCUGGACAUGUUUGACAUCUCCGGCUCCAAGUACACCCCCGAGGGAGAGGUGUAAGUAGUCUGUUUCUGUGGCAACCGCCGUUAACUUUACGACAUAGGUACCAUUCAAGCUACUGAGCCUCAUAUGACAAUGAUGUUAACGCAUAUUCUCUUUAUUCUCUUUAUUCCCUUUUUCUCUAUUCUCCCUAUAUCUUCCUUUUUUCCCUCUGUCAAUAUCUCCCUCCCUUUUUCUUCUUCUUCCACCUCUCUCUAUCUCUCCCUCUCUUAGCUCCCAGGGAGGUGCUAAGACCACCUGCGGAUCCUAUGAUGGCCUUGUUGAGCUGGCAACCAUCAGCUCCCUGUGCAAUGACUCCUCUCUGGACUACAAUGAGGUAAUUCAUUGAUUUAUUUGUUAUUUAUUUAUCUCCUUUAGUAGGCAGGGACAGUGCACCAUUCAUUCUAUCCAUCAAUAUUUAAGUUUUCACAUCAAGUUCUCGCUAUGUCGCUCAUUUUCUUCUGUAGUCCCCUAAACACAGAUAAAACAACAUGGCUAACACAUAUUUAUGCUCUGACAAAGUAAUUGUGACAAAGCUUUUUUAUUUUUUAUUAUGUUUUAUUGUCACAUACAGCGCAUAGGUGCAGUGAAAUUUGUUGUUUUACAGGAUCAGCCAUAGAAGUACGGCGCCCCUGUAUCAAAUUAGGCUUAAGUGCCAUGCUCAAGGGCACAUCGGCAGAUUUUUCACCUUGUCGGCUCGGGUAUUCGAACCAGCGACCUUUCCCGCUUGGCAAUUGAAAUGUGCUUCUCUGCAGUCAUGGCUAACAUACAUCAAAUAACAUGUUUUAUGAUUACGAAGAUGUCCCAUUGCUGUAGAUUCUGCCCUCUGCCUCUUCUUAACUUUUUUCUUCUCACACUUUAUCUCUAUUUCUCUCCCUUCCCUCCAGUCCAAGAACAUCUAUGAGAAGGUGGGUGAGGCCACCGAGACUGCCAUGUGCUGCCUGGUUGAAAAGAUGAACGUGUUCAACUCCAAAGUUACAGGCCUCUCCAAGCCUGAUAGAGCCAAUGCCUGUUGUGCUGUGAUCAAGCAGCUGAUGAAGAAGGAAUUCACCCUGGAGUUCUCCCGUGACAGGAAAUCCAUGUCUGUGUACUGCACCCCCGUCAAGGGCGAUGGUGGAGCUAAGAUGUUUGUGAAGGUCAGCUCCUCUCUCUCUCUCCACUUUCUAGCUCUCGUCUUCUAGUCCUCUUCCUCUAAUGCCUUUGUGUCAAACAUGGGCUUAUGCCUUAUUGUUCCGUUGCAAGCAGUUUAUUAGCCACUAAAUUAUAGCCUCAUCUUUGAGGGUUUUAGUUAGACAGCAAAAUACUCAACAAUUCUACCCGACAACUGUAUUUUCAAAGCAGUAAAGGAAGGAGCUUGAUUUGGUCCCUUUGUGAAAACCCAACCUCUCUCCGUUUCCUCCUCACCCAAUAGGGUGCCCCCGAGGGUGUGAUUGACAGAUGUGCCUAUGUUCGUGUUGGCACCACCCGUGUUCCCCUGACUGGUGCCGUCAAGGACAAGAUCUUGGCUGUGAUCAAGGAAUGGGGUUGCGGCCGUGAUACCCUGCGUUGCCUGGCCCUUGCCACCCGUGACACCCCCCUGAAGGUCGAGGAGAUGAAGCUUGAGGACGCCACCAAGUUCAUUGAUUACGAGGUGAGGAAUAAAUAUUUCCCUCUGUAGAUGGAUGGAUAGAUGGGAGGAUGGAUGGAUGGAUGGAUGUCUAGCCAGAUAGAUCCAAGUUGGUUUUGACUCAUCCUCACCUUUCUCCCUCACUCCCCUUGUCCCCAGACUGACCUGACCUUCGUUGGCUGCGUUGGUAUGCUGGAUCCCCCGCGUAAGGAGGUUACGCCCGCCAUUCAGUUGUGCAAAGCUGCUGGAAUCCGUGUCAUCAUGAUCACUGGUUAGUGUACCACUACCUCCUCUCUAGCACCCAUACCCAAUACAGACCAUCUUCCUUUACAAAGUGAUUGUGUUUCCUUUAGUUUGUGUUGUCUGUUUCUAAGUAAAUAUUAUAAUCUUCUGUGACUUUGAUCUAGUUUAUGUCGUGUCCGUUCUUAAGUAAAUAUUAUUAUUGUCUAGUUUGUUGCGUCUGUGUUGAAGGUGUUGUUGCAUCCACAAUGGUGUUUGUUGUGUCUGUGCUAUCACGUGUCCCAUUUAUGUGCCUAUUGUGUUUAUAUCUCUGUUUAUAUAGACAUCUGUAUUCCACGUUAUAUUAGCCUGUUUUUUUUUGCUCAUUCUCAGUCACAUAUUACCUGGGGUUGAAUUGGAGAAAAAAUUAUGUUUACUGUAAAAUUACUGUAAAAAACAACAACUGUAAAGUCACCAGCUAAAAUGUCAAAAUUAGUUUCACGUUGAAAACGCAGUUCCCCUUCGAUUCCACCCCUGGUCAUUAUUACUGUACAGUACACCUUUCUCUUUAUCCCUCAUCUGAUUGGAUAAUGUCACCUUUCGACUCCCUCAGGUGACAACAAGGGAACCGCAGUGGCCAUCUGCCGUCGUAUUGGCAUCUUCACGGAAGAUGAGGAUGUGACUGGAAAGGCCUUCACUGGCCGUGAGUUCGACGACCUGCCCUCAUUUGAAAUGCAAAGCGAUGCUGUCAGAAACGCUAGCUGCUACGCCCGUGUGGAGCCCUCCCACAAAUCCAAGAUCGUUGGGUUUCUGCAGGGCCAAGACGAGAUUACCGCCAUGGUGAGGCCCCGACAUAUGUGUAGAUACACAUGCAAUAUACUAUAAAAUACACAAGUCUUCAAACAUUUGAUAGUAGUUCAAAUGAAUCCAAAGUUUACCCCAAAUUCCUGUAACGUAACUGUGAUAGUAUUCCUCUAGCAAUGCACCACUAAAUGCACCACUUCAACUGACCCUCUCUCUCUCCCUCCCUCCCUUAAACCAGACUGGUGAUGGUGUGAACGAUGCCCCCGCCCUGAAGAAGGCCGAGAUCGGCAUCGCCAUGGGCUCUGGCACUGCCGUUGCCAAGUCUGCCUCUGAGAUGGUCCUGGCUGACGACAACUUCUCUUCCAUCGUGUCCGCCGUCGAGGAGGGCCGCGCCAUCUACAACAACAUGAAGCAGUUCAUCCGCUACCUCAUCUCCUCCAACGUUGGUGAGGUCGUCUGGUGAGUGUUCUGUCCAUACGGGACUGACUGGGUUCGAACCCCGGGCUCUCUGAGACUGUGUUAGCCCAUCAAGCUAAAGCCUAGGCAUUAGUUAGGGACCUAACUUCUCUCCUCCUUGUCCUCCCCAUCCCUUCAACUGUAGUCCGCUUUCAUGUAUUAUUCACUGGGAUUUGUACUUUUUUAACUUGUAACUAAUUUUUUACAAAUCUAAAUCAAUCAAUCCACCUUUUCCUCCAUUCUCUCACUCAGUAUCUUCCUGACUGCUGCCUUGGGUCUGCCCGAGGCUCUUAUCCCCGUCCAGCUGCUGUGGGUCAACCUGGUGACUGACGGUCUGCCCGCCACCGCCCUGGGCUUCAACCCCCCCGACCUGGACAUCAUGGGCCGCCGCCCCCGUUCCGCCAAGGAGCCCCUGAUCUCCGGCUGGCUGUUCUUCAGAUACAUGGUCAUUGGAGGUAAGCGUGGAAGAAUAGGACAGGGGAACUAUCUGUCUAUGUUCCAAAUGGCAACCUAUUCCCUUCAUAGUGCACUAUUUUUGUCCAGGGCCAAUAAGGUUUGCACUAGGGAAUAUGGGCCCUGGUCAAAAGUAGUGCACUAUGAAGGGAAUAGGGUGCCAUUUAGGACAUAUCCCCUGUCUGUUUUGCAUUAGUAGGGUCCUGUAAGGGCUGGUUGAACACCACCAAGGUGUUCACCACCUGAGUCUGUGUCUGACGGUGAGUCUCUUUGGUCCGCUCCAGGAUAUGUCGGUGCUGCCACUGUCGCAGCUGCCGUCUGGUGGUUCAUGUACGAUCCCACCGGCCCCGGAGUCACCUUCCACCAGCUGUCCCACUUCAUGCAGUGCCACGACGAGAACGAAGACUUCACCGGCAUUACAUGCAAGGUGUUCGAGGCCGCUCCCCCUAUGACGAUGGCCCUGUCCGUGCUGGUCACCAUCGAGAUGUCCAACGCCCUCAACAGGUCAGAUGCAGAGCAUGCACACACACACACACACACACACACACACACACACACACACACACACACACACACACACACACACACACACACAGGCACAUGCACAGACACACACACAUACACGCACAUACAGAUGCAAGAGCACAGACACACAAGCACAUGCAGAGGCAUGCACUCGCGCACACACACACACACACACACACACACACACACACACACACACACACACAGGCACAUGCACAGACACACACACAUACACGCACAUACAGAUGCAAGAGCACAGACACACAAGCACAUGCAGAGGCAUGCACUCGCGCACACACACACACACACACUAAUCAUGUGAUGUUAAAUUGUAUCCUUUAACCCCCCUCUCUUGCAGCUUGUCUGAGAACCAGUCUCUGGUGCGCAUGCCCCCAUGGAGCAACUUGUGGCUGGUUGGAGCCAUGGCUCUCUCCAUGUCCCUCCACUUCAUGAUCAUCUACGUCGACCCCCUGCCCGUAAGUACUGUCACCAUGGAAAUGGUCUCAUCACAGUCCUCUGUCACUGUGGAAAUGGUCCCAUCAUAUGCUCAAUAAAUUUGACAUUUAUAUUGGUCAGAGGACCCUAUUGAGUAUUUUUUGUCAGUAGUUUGACAGUUGUUCUUCCCUAAUAACCCUGUGUUCUCUUCUCCCACCCAGAUGGUCUUCAAGUUGACUCACUUGAACCUGGAGCAGUGGUUGAUUGUCCUGAAACUUUCUUUCCCUGUCAUCCUGAUUGACGAGGUGUUGAAGUUUGUCGCCCGUAACUACCUGGAGAGUAAGUGUGCCUCUAACACACACACACACACAAUCACACACACACACACACACACACACACACACACACACACACACACUUUUACCAUGGUAACCAAGUGAUGGUAUUCUAUCCUUGUAUUUGCAAGCAAAUUAAUUCCUUUUUACCUUCACCCUUGUUAUCUUUUAUUUGGUAUGAACUGAAUAAUCCUUCCAUCUGAUUAAGACAAUUUGUAACAUAAUGUUCAUGCUUGUCUUCUUUAACCUCUUAAUGUCUCUCUCAAUCCUUAAUUCAAUUGUUUCUAUAAUUUUACCAUCUGCUCUCAAUGCCUUUAUUUCUUCUUUAUCUCUAUACUCUGCUCUCUCUUUCUCUAACUCCCUGUAUUCAUUAUUUUUCUCUAAACUCAUUUUUCUUUCUCUAACUCCCUGUAUUCCUUCUUCCUAUCUUUAUACUCACUCUCACCUCGCCCUCUCUUUUAUUUAAUCAUAUAACUCCAUCCUUUCAUUCCUCAUUAACACUUUGAAUCAUCUUUUUACAGACUAAUCCUGCCUAUCACCCACCAUUAGCCUGUAACUACAGCAAGGUAUCCCACCAUCUGCAUCGCUAGCGGUUCUCUCUUUGUGUGUAUGUCAUUGUGUUUAUGUCAGGAGAGUGUGUGUACAUGUGCAAAGCGAAUCUGUGUUUUACAACUUGCCCAAGUUGCGUUCUUGUCGUUUUCAGUCAUUCCGGUGAUCUCUAGCCUAUAUGCUCAAACGUGUGUGGACAUGCGACUUCUGUAUUGUAUCUGUACUGCCCUGUAUUCUGCUGGUCUGGUUUAUGGAUGUUGUUUUCCACUGUUAUACGUAUAGUUCGUAUCAGUGAUGUGUCAGUAUCAGUAGGCUUUGGGGAUUUGUCCCAUAUCUGUUUGUGCUGUGUAGCCAACUCCUAUGGUUGUUACAUAGAAGUUGGUUAUACAGCACAAACAGAUCUGAGACCAGGCUAUCAUGAAUCAUGUCUUGUUGUUGAUGUCGUGAGUUGUCUAGAUGCUUUGGCAUUGGCGGGGGGGGGGGGGGGGGGGUUUGAAGGGGCAUUGGCGGGGGGGGGGGGGGGGUUUGAAGGGGUAGAUGUUUGAAGCAGUAACCAUGUUGCCAUGAACAUUUGAAAUAUGAGCUAUUAUUCCAUAAAAGUGUGAUAUAUUUUUGCUCAAUAUACUGUACCUCUGCAGUAAAUAACCAUAUUGCCAUAUUUACAUAGUGUACGUUCAGAUCCUAUACUAAUACUUAAGUAUUACAUAGAAACAUAGAAAUCUUUAUAGAAAGAAAUUAACAAGAAAGGCUAGUUAUUAGCUAUUGUCAUAAUACCACUAUGGUUGAAAUAACAGUGUAAUUAUAUUUCCAUGACAUAUUACAUAUAUCUGCUGCUGUCAUCAGCUUUCAUUUAAAACUAACAUUGCAUUAAACUCUUUCCCUCUGAUUUCCUGCUUUUCUUCUUUCACUCUAGAAAAAUAGAAAUCUAGAAGAAGAGGAAUUAGAGAGGUGGAGAGAGGGAGGACGAGGAGGAGAAAAUUGAAAAAGAGGACGAUCACAACCGAUGAAAGAGGGGCUCUUGUGAGCCAACCAAUAGAAGAGAGGGGACAAAACAGGGAAAUCAACGAGAAAACCCCCCAAUUAAAAACAUCCACAUAAAACAACCUCUGUAUAUGGAAAGAGAUUAAAUUGGAUUGGGGUUCUACCCCACCAAAACAGUAUUAAAAUAUUUAAGAUUGUAUUCAUAGAAAUAAAGUAUGUAUUAAAAAUCAAUUUUUUGUUAAACUUGGAUA